UACAAAAGGAGACAGGCAGAAGUCAGGAAAAUUAUAAGAAAUGCUAAAAGGGAUUAUUGGAGGAAAUAUUGUGAGUCCUUAGGGAAAAAUACUGCAUUAGAUAAGGUUUGGAAUACUAUAAAAAAAAAUGUCCGGUAAAUCAAGAGAAUAUUUCUUUCCAGUAUUAAAAGACGAUGAUAAAAUUAUAGUAGAUAGUAAAAGUAAAGCAGAAUUAUUAGCAAGAGUAUUUACAAAGAUACAUAGCACAGAGAAUCUAAAUAGUAAAGAAAAAAAAGGACGUGAAAUUACAUUACAGAAUCAAAAUGAAUUAUUGUAUAAUGAUGAAGAUAAUGAGGACCUUAUUAAUAUAAAUUUCUCUUUAAUAGAAUUGAAUAAAGCAUUGAAAAAUUCCAGUAAAUCAACUCCUGGGAAUGAUCAAAUUAGUUACAGUAUGCUAAGUAAUCUUAGUGAAUUGAGUAAAAAAAUAUUAUUAGAAUUGUAUAAUAAGGUAUGGAAGGAAGGAAUAUUACCUGACAAGUGGAAAGAAGCAAUUGUUAUACCUAUUUGUAAACCUGGUAAAGAUCCUCACUCAGCUGAGAGUUACAGGCCAAUAGCUUUAACAUCAUGUAUUGGUAAGAUUAUGGAAAAAAUGGUAAAUAAUAGAUUAAUUUAUUAUUUAGAGUUGAAAGAGAAGAUUAAAUCCUAUCAAUUUGGUUUUAGAAAAGGUAGAAGUACAAUAGAUUCUGCAUUAUGUCUGGAACAUGAAAUUAGACGGGCUCAGAUUAAUAAGGAGAGUUUAAUAGCAAUUUUUUUAGAUAUAGAAAAAGCUUAUGAUAUGUUAUGGAAAGAAGGGUUGUUAAUUAAAAUAAAACAAAUGGGGAUAAGGGGCAGAAUAUAUAGAUGGAUUAAAAAUUUUUUAACGGAAAGAAAUAUAAAAGUAAAGGUAGGUGGAGAAUUAAGUUCAAGGCAUCAAAUCGAAAAUGGCACUCCCCAAGGUAGUAUAAUAAGUCCUAUGCUAUUUAUUAUAAUGAUUAAUGAUAUUUUUAAUAAUAUAGAUAAAUCUUUUGGCGUUUCAUUAUUUGCAGAUGAUGGCCUUAUUUGGAAGAGGGGAAGAAAUAUUGAAUUUGUAAAUAGGAAACUACAAGAGGCGUUACAUAAUGUAGAAGCUUGGGCUUUAGAAUGGGGAUUUAGAAUCUCAAUAUCUAAAUCUAAAGUUGUUGUUUUUACUAAUAGAAAGUUAGAUAUUAUUACAAAUCUCAAAUUAUAUGGGAAUGUUAUUGAAAGGAUAGAUCAAAUAAAAUAUUUAGGUUUCUGGUUUGAUAAAAAACUUACAUGGAAGACUCAUGUUAAUAAAAUAGUUGGAAAAAGAAAAAAAUCUUAAAUAUAAUGAGGUGUUUAAGAGGAAACAAAUGGGGAGCUGAUAGGAAAGCUUUAAAAACAAUUUACACUGGUCUAAUCAGGUCAGUUUUUGAUUAUGGAUGUAUUUUAUAUAAUUCAGCUUCAAAUAGUUCAAGGCAUCAAAUCGAAAAACCAUAGAUAGAAUACAAUACUAAAAACCAUAGAUAGAAUACAAUAUCAAGCAUUAAGACUUUGUUGUGGAGCGAUGAAAAGUACCCCAAUUUCAGCUCUACAAGUUGAGAUGGGUGAGAUGCCGUUGGAGCUCAGAAGGAAACAAUUAGCCAUAACUUACUGGGCAAAUAUUAAAGGACAUAAAGAAAGUUAUCCUCCAUAUAUUAUGUUACAACCUUGUCAAGAAAAAGAAAAAAAGCAAAUAAAUAGUUUUGGAUGGUUUAUAAAAAAUGAAAUAAGAGAUAUAGGAAUAAAUCAUAGUUUAAUUAGUCCUGUGAUUGUUAUUCCUGUUAUUCCACCAUGGAUAAUUGGACAGGUGGAAGUUGAUUUAAGCUUACUGGAAAAAGGAAAACAAUUAGAAAAGAAAGAGGUGGAAAGUUAUAUUGGAAAUGAAUAUGCGGAAUAUAUACAAAUAUAUACAGAUGCCUCUAAAAUGUCAAAUAAUAAUAUAGGAAUAGCUUUUAUAAUUCCGGAAUUAGAUAUUAUGAGAAAUAAAAGAAUAACAGACAAAUUGACAGUAUAUACAGGUGAACUAAUGGCUAUUUUAAUGGCUCUAGAAUGGGUUGAGGAAACAAGAGAGAGAGCGGUUGUAAUCUGUUCAGAUUCAAGUAGUGCAUUAGUAAGUAUUGUAGAACAAAAUUCAGAAUCAAGGCAAGAUAUUAUAGUUGAUAUUAAUCAGUUAAUGUUUAGGAUUAAAAGUUAUGGAUCUCUGGUCAAAUUAGUUUGGGUUCCUGCUCACAUUGGAGUAAUAGGAAAUGAGCUGGCAGAUAGUUUUCCUAAGAAUGCAGCAAAAAAGUGUAUUGUGGAUUUAAAUAUUAAAAUGAGUAAAAAUGAGGUUAAAAAUAUUAGUAAAAUGUAUAUUAAGAAUAAAUGGCAGGAACAGUGGGAUAAAGGAAGCAAUGCCAGAUUUUAUUAUAGCAUCCAAAGAAAAGUUGGAGAAUUUAGGAAAUGUAACAGGAAUAAAAAAGAAGAAGAUAUUAUAUCUAGAUUAAGGUUUGGACAUACAGGUUUAAACAGUACUCUUAAAAUAAUUAAUAAACAUGAUACAGGUUUCUGUAGUUAUUGUGGGAAAUUAGAAACAAUACAACAUUUUUUUUUAGAAUGUAGUAAGUAUGUUCGAGAAAGGGAGGAGUUAAUUAGAAAUUUAAAUAGGAAUAAAAAUAAAUUAGAUAUUAGAAGUUUGCUUCAAAGAUCAUCGGGGGAUGUAGUUUUUAAUAGUAUUUUUAAUUUUCUAAGGAGAACAGGUAUUAUGGGAAGAUUAUAGUGAUUUUACAUCUGAUCCAUACUCCAGUCUAGAAGGUGGCGGUAAUGCACCUAAAAGUUGUUUGCCAACCGCCAUAAAAAAAAAACAAGAAGAAGAAGAAGAAGAAGGAGAAGCAAAGAUCUGAUCAGGUGGUUUACACUCAGAGGUUCUGGUCGGGAAAUGAAACUGGUAAACGGACCUGGUGGAGCAGAGAGACAGAAAUGAUUGAACUCCAACAAAACUAUGAGGAAACUGAAGCUCUUGACUUUUAACCUACUUACAGCUUCAUGGCUGAAUGAGGAAACUGAAGCUCCACGCCUUUCCUGAGAACUGAUCUGGAUCAGAACCGGUUCAGCAGCAUCUGGAUCAGCCAAUCAGCAGGAGUUUCCUCCUGCAUGUUUCUGCUGGUUCCAGUAGAAACGGUGAACUGGUGUCAGAGGUGAUCCACUGCUGGGAUCUGAUGGAAGUCUCUCUGUGGUUCUGAGAGGAAGAUGAUGAUGAUGAUGAUGAUGAUGAUGAUGAUCCUCCUGCUCGUUUCCCAGCAUGCUCUGGGUGGAGUAGUGGAGGUUAAUGAGGGGGCGGAGUCUGUCCUGCUGCCCUGCCUUUACUAUGAUCAAACACCUGAAGAUCCGUUACUCAUCUGGACUCGCAGUGACCUCAGUCCUAACUCCGUCCAUCUACGGAGAGAAAACGGUGACGAUCUUAAAAACCAGAACCAGCGUUUCAGAGACCGGACCUCCAUGAAUCCUGACGCUCUGGAUACUGGAAACUUCAGCCUGACUCUGAGGAAACCUCAACCGUCUGAUGGAGGAAACUACAUCUUCAGCAUCUCUAAUGGAAUAGAAGAACGGAAAGUGAAACAGAUUCAUCUGAAGGUCAAAGUUGAUCAGCAGGAGGUCAAGGUCACUGAAGGGUCAGGUUCUGUCGUCCUGCCCUGCAGAACAUCAUCCCACCUUCCUGAGGACACAAUAGUGGAGUGGACCCGCUCAGAACCUCAUUCCAUCUUCAUUCAUGUGUUUCCCAACACGAGUAAACAUUACACCCAGCAGGACAGAUAUUACAGCUGUCGAACAGAGAUGAAGAAAGAUUUCCUGAGGACCGGAGACGUCAGCCUGACCCUCAUGUUUCCCACACACAGAGACGGUGGACGCUACGUCUGCACCGUCUACAGAGACCAGGACGUCCUGAGACACACUGUGGUUCUGGAAUAUCUCAAAGAACCUUUUCCAUCCUGGGCCAAAGUUCUGCUGGUUCUGCUGGUUCUGGUUCUCAUCGUCUCUGCAGUUUUAUAUCAUUUUAAAGAUUAUUUCCUGCCAGUUUCACUGAAGGUGAAUUCAGGAGUUAAAUCUGUCCUGCUGCCCUGCAAAACCAACGUCUGCCUGCCUGGAGGCGCUAGAGUGGAGUGGAGGGACAGAGACAACAACUUGUUCCAUGGGCAUCCAAACGGUUCUGAUGAUCCUGAAGGACAGAACCUGACCAGCAGCAACAGAACCAGGAUGAAUGACGACCCACUGAAGACUAAAGACCUCAGUCUGACUCUGGAACGUCCCUCAGUUGCAGACAGCGGGAUCUACACCUGCAGAGUCUCCAUCAGGAAACGAGUCAUCCUGAUGAUGAAACGGGUUCAUCUCCAGGUCAAAGAUAUUGUUGCUCAGUAUCAGCCUGACCUUAAAGAGUUUCUGAAGACGAAGUUCCAGAGUCUCUCUGAAGGCGUCGCUGAACAUGGAAAUAAAACCGUUCUGAACCAGAUCUACACAGAGCUCCACAUCACAGAGGGGUUAACUAGAGAGGUCAACCAGGAACAUGAGGUCAGACACAUUGAAACAGCAUCCAGGAAACAAGAAACAAUCAGAAGAGAAGACAUCUUUAAAACCCCACCUGGAAGAGAUCAACCAAUCAGAACAGUGAUGACCAUGGGAGUGGCUGGCAUUGAUAAAACACUGUUAACACAGAAGUUCACUCUGGACUGGGCUGAAGGCAAAACCAACCAGAACAUUGAUUUCAUAUUUCCAUUCACUUUCAGAGAGCUGAAUAUGUUGAAAGAAGAAAAGUUCAGUUUAUUAGAACUGAUUCAUAAAUUCUUCACUAAAACCAAAGAAAUCAGCAGCUUUGAAACGUUUCAGGUUCUGUUCAUCUUUGAUGGUCUGGAUGAAAGUCGACUUGAUCUGGAUUUCAACAACAAUCUGAUCCUGACUGAUGUUACAGAGUCCAGAUCACUGGAUGUUCUGGUGACAAACCUCAUCAGGGGAACACUGUUUCCUUCUGCUCUCCUCUGGAUAACCACACGACCUGCAGCAGCCAAUCAGAUCCCUGCUCAGUGUGUUGACAUGGUAACAGAGGUCAGAGGGUUCACUGACCCCCAGAAGGAGGAAUACUUCAGGAAGAGAUUCAGAGAUGAUGAAGAGAAGGCCAACAGGAUCAUCUCCCACAUCCAGAAAUCAAAAACUCUCCACAUCAUGUGUCACAUCCCAGUUUUCUGCUGGAUCACUGCUAAAGUUCUGGAGAAUCUGAUGGAGACCAGAGAGGGAGGAGAUCUGCCCAAGACCCUGACUGAGAUGUACAUAGAGUUCCUGAAGGUUCAACUCAAAAUCAAGGAGGAAAAGUUUGAUAGAGGAACAAAGAGAAAAUCAAUCUGGAGUCGAGAGAACAGGAAGCUGAUUGAGUCUCUAGGAAGACUGGCUUUUGAUCAGCUGCUGAAGGGAAACCUGAUCUUCUAUGACAAAGAGCUCAAACAGUGUGACAUCAACAUCAAAGAUGCUUCAUUGUACUCAGGAGUUUUCACUGAAAUGUUUAAAACAGAGAGAGGAGUGAACAACAAAUCAGUUUACUCCUUUGUUCAUCUGAGCAUCCAGGAGUUUCUGGCUGCAGUCUACAUGCUCCACUGUUUCACCACCUGGAGGAAAACAAAAGUGAUCAAGAUGUUGCUGGGAAAAUAUUAUUUGUCCUUAUCUUUGGAUGAGUUUAUGAAGAAAGUCAUGGAGAAAUCCCUCAGCAGUGAAAAUGGCCACCUGGACCUGUUUGUCCGUUUCCUUCAUGGUCUCACUGUGGAGUCCAGCCAGAGCUUCUUAGAAGAUCUGCUGGGUCAGAGAGAGAACAGUCCAGAAACCAUCCAGAGAAUCAUCACCAACCUGAAGAAGAUGAACACUGAUAGAAUCUCUCCUGACAGAAGCAUCAACAUCUUCUACUGUCUGAUGGAGAUGAACGAUCUCUAAUUUUAUCAGGAGAUCCAACGGCUGCUGGAUUCAGGGAAGGAGCUCUCAGAUACUGACUGUUCAGCUCUGGCCUUCAUGCUGCUGAUGUCAGAGGUUCUGGAUGAGUUGGACCUGGAGAAGUACAACACAUCAUGGGAUGAACGACUGAGACUGGUUCCAGCUGUGAGGAACUGCAGAAAGGCUCGACUUGGUGGCUGUGAGCUCUAUCAGGAUGAAUGUGAAAUUGUGGCCUCAGCGCUGAAGUCCAACCCAGAUCUGACUGAACUGGAAAUAAAUCAGAUCGUACUGGGAGAUCAAUCCUUUGGAGAAUCUGAUCUGAAGCUCGUGGUUGAGAUCCUGGAGAGUUCAGUCAGUAAAGUGAAGAAUCUGAGAUUGAUUCUCUGCAGUUUGUCAGAGACCAGCUGGACUUCUCUGUUCUCAGCUCUGAAGUCCAAACCGACCCAUCUGACAGAACCGGACCUGACCGGAACCAACCUGGAAGAUUCUGGAGUGAAGGAUCUCUGUGGUUUUCUACAGACUGAAGGCUGCAGACUGGAGACAUUGAGAUUGAAGGAAUGCAGUUUGUCAAAGAUCAGCUGUGAUUAUUUGGCUUCAACUCUGAAGUCCAACAGCCUCCAUCUGACAAAACUGGACCUGAGAGACAACAACCUGAAGGAUUCAGAUGUUCAGCAGCUGAAGGAUCUUGUAGAUGAUGUAGAGUAA